UACAGUUUCGUUGUCGAUUUUUGUUAGCCAGAACGUGCCGGUAAAAUUCCUUUUGUGCCGGUAAAAUUCCGUGCGCGGUGUGAUUUGUCCGUUCCCUCUAAUCGUUUAAAGCACCGAUAAUGAAAAGUUACGUGUUAGAUUUAAGUAACACAUUCACUGACCACCGCCGGAAGGUGUGCAUCGGGCGCAGACUAGAAUGGACUGCGGUAGGUCAAUUGAAGCAGGCCGUCGCCGAACUGUUUCACAUUUCACCGGAGGUUUUCAUAUGCUGCGAGCACGGUAUCUACUAUCCCGACACGGAACACAUCGACAUUCUGCCAGAUAAUGUAGCACUCAAGUUCAUGACAGCGCCAGAGAAACAGGACAAUUCGGACUCGGAGGAAAGCGUGAAGAUCGUGAACGCUGCGAAUCUUAAAAGAUGCAAUCAGCAUGUAAAUGGUUCACACGACAGUUCCUUGCUGGACAUCCCCAAACCAAAGCGACGGCGUGUGCGAAAACGCAAGCAGUCCUCUGCAGCCAAGGCUAGAAAACUUUCCGAAGAUACCUCCGAUGAAGUGGCUCCUCAUGCUGAAAAUAAACAACCCGAAGCCAAAUUGAAACCACCGACACAGGAGCCCCGAAUUGAAAGUCGCAUUGCAGAGGAGGCGGUGAUUCCUUUCCGGAAUUUGCGUACCGAAUUGAAGGCCAGAGUAGUACGAGCUAUUUCGCCAUCCUUUCCCGAACCAACAGCACAACAUAAUGGCAUUAGUAAUGGCGUAGAGAACGCAGGAACCGUUGGCAUUGACAUUAAACAGGAAACAAUCGUGCCAGAUUGUAACGGGAAUGCGGCUGUAGAAGUUGGUGCAGUUUAAUCGAUCCGAUUGAGUACCACUAAAAAGAAGUAGGUACAACAGGAAUGUACAUUUCUUUCCAAGCACUAAACGUCCUCGAUAACGUUUCCUGGCUGAGAGGUGAAGAGUUACAAAUUAUCUUGAAUUUUGAACAUUUCCUCACAUAUAAUAUCCUCUAAAUAAAUCCUCUUGUUCAAAAGAGCA